AUGCGUGCAGCAUCUUAUCUUAUUUUGGGCGGUGGACCGGCUGGCCUGACAAUGGCCCGAAUGCUGAAAGAUCGCGGCGUAAAGGAUGUCACAAUCCUUGAGGCUUCUGGCAAAGUUGGCGGCAAAUGCUUGUCGAGUGAAUUUGGCGAUCACGUCGUCGAAUUCGGAACAUGCUAUGCGAUCUGGUCGCAUCGCUAUGUGCUUAAGCAGAUGAAGAAGCUCGGCAUCCGCCGCAACUAUCUGAAGGCGCAGCGGAUCGAUGACCAGGAGUUACUCGACUAUAUCAAAUCUGGCACCGGGCNUAAAGGUGAUCCUGGUGUCAACGCGGUCCUGUCGAUGCCGACCAGUGAAUGGCUGCAAUCGCAAAAUCUCGGCAAAAUCGAGAACAUGAUGCACCGUGUCGUGACAUCGAUCGGCUACGGAUACCUUGAUCGCGUGCCGCUGGUGCAUGCGAUGCGCUGGGUCGAUAUCGAUAUGCUGAUCACUGGCUUGAUCAAGUUCACAGUGAUGCCGGAAGGUGGAUGGCAGCAUUUCUGGAACCGAUUUGCGGAAUCGCUCAACGUGCGUCUGAACCAGAAGGCUGUGCGGGUUAAGCGGCUUGAGGACGGUGUUGAGAUAUUGACUGAUGAUGGCGUGGCCUAUCAAGCAGACUAUCUGGUCAACACGAUCCCGCUGGAUGAAUUCAGUCGAUUGACCGAUGUCACCGAAGCCGAAGCGAAGGUCUCUGAAGCUAUACACUGGGCCGGCUACACGACGACUUUGGUGUCAGUCGCCUCGUGGGAACACACGGCGCCUGUUUACAGAUUUUUCGCCAUCCAGAUCUUCGCGAUACUGGCCGCCAAGAUUUUCGAUAUGGGUCGCGGACAUGUAAGAUGCAAUCGCAUC